AUGCUCGCAGCCGCUCGUCCGAGUCCCAAUCUUCCCUCUCUCUACCGCGUCCACCUCGCGUUUAACCCGUUUCAGACUCCAGAACUUCACACACUCAAGUCCACGCGCUUUCCUGGUGCUCAGAUGAUGGAAAGUCUACCCAUCGAUACAGCCCACCCCGCAGUCAGGGAUUACCUUGCUCUCAUUCGACUACAAGUCCUCACGCCGUUAUCUUUGCUCAUCAACAUCGCGACUGUUGUGGUAUGUUCAUUCGUACUGGAUCCCGGACUCGGACGGAUAUCAGAUCUCUAUCCCUCCACAAUUGCGCCGAACUCGUGGCUCAUCGCCGUAUACGUCGUUCUCAUAUACGUUGGACAAAUAGGCUACUGCUUGCUCCUUGUGCUUGCACGGAAACCCGAGACAAAGAACACGCUCGUAAAGGGUGUCGGUCUUCCGCUCGUGAUCGCAAAUUGGGUGAUGGCACUAUGGGCCAUCGCAUGGGUCCUACAAGCAUUCCUCCUAUCAACUAUCGCGCUUGGUGUCCUCCUUGUCCUCCUCCUAUACGCAAACCUCGUCCUGCUCGUAUAUCACAAACCAACCGGCUCUCGCCCAUUCGACGUCAUGUUCAUCCACGCCCCGUUGCGCGCAUUUAUGCUCUGGCCUCUCAUGAUCAUGUUCCCCUAUAGCCUCUUCAUCACGUUGGGAUAUACAUUCUCUCCCGGCGAACCUCAGCACUAUGCCCGUCACCAGUGGGCUGGAUUCGGGGUGCUUCUCGGCGUCAAUCUGCUCGGCUUGCUCGUGGUCGUCCUCCGCAGAGACAUCGUGUGGUGCGUCUCCGCGUGCUGGAUGUGUGCGAGCAUUUGGAGCCGCUCGCCGAAGCCGAUGCCUGUGUGGCUCACCGCUGUGCUCUUUACAAUUGCACACCCGCUCGCACUGGUGGUAUCGGCGCUGUGGGCCAGGUUCCGCCGACCCCGUGAGGGCGCGAUCACGCUCCCGCCGGACGAAGAGGAGCACGUACGGAGUGGUGGGCACCGCCAAGAAGGGCCUCGAGAAGUUGAUGUGGACGCGCUGUGGGGCUGA